CCAACCCGUUCGGCACGAGCGUCGCGGCGUGCUUGUCCCGUAGGCGGACUGUCUGUCAGGCUGGAGGGAUCCGAUGCAAACGCUGCCGCACGGAGAUUUCCCCGCCUCGCCACACCAUCGAGCCAUCGCCCCCAUCGCAUACUUCCAAUCAUUAGUCGAGUGACGCCCAACUCCAACUCCCACGCUGUCCUCUGCCCUGCCUCCCUCUUCCUCCUCCUGGCGACUUACCUAAUCCACCCACCGCCCCAUCCAACGCCUUAUCUUCUUCACCCGAGUCAUCAGUGAUGAGCUCCUGUUGCUCUCCGGCAAAAAGAUGCACGGAUUCUCGACCGUCGACGGAUUCUUGAACGUGAAGGAAGGAGUGGAUGAGAUGAUAAAGUAUUUGGCGAACGAACCCUCGAUGGGGCUCUUCUUCGUCCAGCAGCAUGCCCAGACCUCCAUGCCCUACCUCCUCAACGUCAAGGACAAAGUUGUGGAAGAGAUUCAUGAGGUAACCCUGCAAACUGAAGACAUCGAGGAUUCUAUAUGUGUGGUGAGGUCAAUGACAGAAUAUGGGCUUCCUAUUGCUGAUGAGAUGAUUAAGGACAUCAACAAGUCUCUACAUAUCAUGUCAACAUCCAAACCAAAGAGGGGGUUAAUCCAAAACCCUAGUUGGGGGUUUGAGGCAGGUAGAGCUAGCUCAGGCACACAGUACACUCUCAAUUAUGACAUUAGCAGUGGUCAGCAGAGUGGAGGAAGCAGCCGUGGUUAUCUUUCAGCUGUUUUCAACUCAGCAAAGCAGAAGGCUGCUGGUUUCAGGCGGGGCCAACCUGGUACAGUGCCAAAAGGCCCCCAGAACGAGCAAUUAGUGCCAUCCUCAACUCGAUCACCAUCAGCGGUUAAUAUUGGUGCUCUCUCAAGGCUUCCAGAUGCAGAAGGUGAGGAAUUGCCUUUAUCAAGCCCCGUCUCAGAUGAUCGACUUGAUGAAGCAGAUACUGUUGGUGAAAGUCUUUAUGGUCAUGAUAUGUCAUCCAUGAUGGAAAUAUAUGAUAAGUUCAAAUCUGAACGAGAAGCUAAAUUGGAAGAAUGGCUUCAAGAGCCUGAAGAUCGCCAUAGGUUCUCUGGGUCUGGUGAUUGAAUCCCAUUCUAAUUGUCACUGCAUGUAUGACAGUUUCUUCAUAUAUUAAUGUUUCCCUUCUGUAUUUUCUUUUUAUAUUCUGAUAUAAAAAUUUGUUUUAUUUUUAAUUCCAGUUCAGUAUAUAACAGAUUUGAGCUGUAUUUUAUUUUAUUAUUUGCACUUUUCAAUAAGGACAUGCUGAUUGAAAUUUCAA